GCGACCGCGCGGAGUGCAUUGGAGCAACGGGAGAGAGGCAGGAAGUGAGGAUGGAUGAUACUCAGCGCCUUGACUAUAAUGAUGACGAGGAAGAGCCAUCGGCUAAUAGAGACAGACCGAUGGGCAAUCUGCAUAUGUUUGCUGGCAUCCAUGGAGGCACACAGGACUUCCCCAUCUACCGCGGCCAGAACAUCAUUGGCCGUCAUGCCAACUGUGAUAUCACCCUGCCGGCGCAGUCUGUGUCAAAGAAACACGCGAUCCUGGAGGUGAGAGGGGACUGUCACACCAUUUGUGACAACAACAGCUUAAACAAGACGCGGCGUGGCAAGACGGCCCUGGCACCGAACGUACACUACGCCCUGUCGGAUGGCGACUUCCUGCUGUUUGCCGAUGUGGCCUGUCGCUACACUAUAGUGAAAGUACAAGCAGAGGCGACAGAGGUGGAAGAUAGUGAGGAUGAUUCUGUCCUGGUGCCCGCUACCCAGGGAGCUCUGGCGAUUGAGAAGACUCCAGGAGCAGCUAUACGGAGGAUAGCCCGGGGCAUUGUGCUGGCCAGAGACUCUGGGGAUGAAGAAAAUGAGGAGGAGGAGGAGGGACAGACACGAUGGCAUGAAGGAGGUUCUGGAUCCGUCAGGGAUGGUCACAAAACAUCGGGUUCAGGAACCACUUUUCCACCUGAUGCAGACACCAUUGUGCCUGAAAGUGAUGAGGAAAAUGAUACAUCCACGUCAGAGAUGCCUCUUCCUUCACUAAGUCUGCGAUGUGAUAGCGAUACAGACACAUCAAGAAGAAGCUCUUUUGUACCUUCUUCACAGAGCAUCUCCACGCCCUUACCUAAGUCCAAACAUGAUGGAAGGACAGCAGUAGACAAGGAAGAAAUGAUACCCAGGAAACCAGAAGAUGGCGAAAUAAAGACAAGUUCAGCAGUUGAGGAAAACCAAGAAGAACAAAAGGCGUCCACGUCUGGGGGUAGCGUGUCUCAGCCUGAAGUAGGGAUUGUAAGUACAGUAGAGAGUGAGAGGAUGCUGCAACACAAGGCAUUAAAGGAACCGUGCUCUGAAAGUAAGCCAGCAAGUAGUCCAUGUGUUGAAGUAGAUAACGUGGCAUUGAACCGAAGUGAGAAUGUUCAGGAGACCCCAAGUGAACUUAAACCCAACGUUGAUGUGAAAGUAGAUCAUGUGAGCUUAGACAGUGCAGCAAAUAUUCAAGAAGACACAACAACUUCUGGAUCAGAUGUAAAUACAGCAGAGACAUCUGAAAUCCAAACCAACAAGAGCAAAGAGGAAGGCGAUAGUAGAUCCUCAGGAUCACGUGAAGCCGCUUUCCACAUGGACAGUGACACUGAUGAAGAUGAAGCAGAAUCUGAUUUGGAGAAGUCCAAGUCACUUCAAGUUGCAUAUAUUGAGAAAUCUGAGAAGAAUGCAAGUGUACCUGUGACUUGCAGAAAGGAAGGAGACUCAGACAGCGAUACUGAUGUUGAGGAUGAUCAGAAUGUUAAAAAGUCUAAGAGUGAUAAUGACGAAGCAAAGAGAACAAUGGGUGAGCCCAUUAAAACCGAAGGGACCCCUGGACUCAGUUUAGACAGUGAUACUGAUGAUGAUGAUGAUGCAGAUGAACCCAAGCCACUUGAGAACAAAGCUGAUCAGGACUCCAGAAGUAACACUGACGAGAAGAAAGAAGGAUUCCACAUGGACAGUGACACAGAUGUAGAAGAAGAGGUUUUCACUGCUGAAGUGAAGGAAGCGAAACCUGAACCCCUUAAGACAAGUGCAAAGGAAACAAAGGGUGUAUUGAACCUAGACAGUGACACAGACGUGGAUGAAGAGGACAAUGUCUCCAGUAGACACAUGACACAUGGACUGCAAGACUCCUCUACAGCAAGCACAAAUGUCCAAGAUGCCACAGGUGUGGAGAGCGACACUAACGUUGAUGAAGAUGAGCAGAUACCUGGAGGAGCAAAGGACAAUACUGAUGUAGUGGAAGCCAAAGAGGCAUUACAUGUGGGCAGUGAUACAGAUGAUGAUAAUGAUGAUCGAUUACCGGUCGUACCACCCUUGGAGAAAGUACGAGCACCUGAAGUUAGCACUGACAGUGCUGUGAAGGACACAGAAAUUGCUAAAGAGCCUGCUGACCUGCACUUGGAUAGUGACACAGAUGUGGAAGAAAGUGACGCACGGGCAGAAGAAGACGAGAUGGACACCACUGGCUCUCAGGAGGAAGCAGAUCAGAAAACCUCAGUAUCUUCAGUCAAUGAAAUUGCUGCAGUAUCUGGAUCAUCUGCUGAAGAAACUAAGAACAUUCCUACAGAAGUCAGCAUGGAUGAGGACGAGACUCAGAAAUCUGACUCUGAAAGUGUUGACUUGGAAAUGAUGCCCACACAGUGCUACCUGGAACCAGAAGCGGAGUCAGAAUUACCAGAUGAGGAGGAGGAAGAGGCUACACAAGCAUAUAUAUUCAGUUCCACGUGGGCAGAGCCAAAUCCAUUCAAAAGUCCUGCUGAUCCGAUAGGCGUGCUGCAGAUUUCAUCAGUGACCUCAGUGAAUACAUCUGAGGAGGAAAUCGACGAGAAUGCAUUGGCUGAAACUCAGGCUUUUUGCACUGAAGCAGAACGAGUAGGACCCAGUGUCCAAGAGACUCCAGAACUUGUCGAAAGAAGCUUAGAUGAAUCAAUGCAGUCUACAACUAGUGAAAAAGAAUCUGGAAAAGAAGUCCAGCAGUUGUCUCAUCAGACCAUGUCCCCGGAUGCUACACAACCAGUCUCCCAGUGCUUGUCCUCAAGGCAGUCUGAAGAAACUGGUACAUGGAUGCACCUUAAAAGAGAGGUCCCAGCUUCAGUUUGGAUAAGAGGUAUCCAGCAGGGAGGAGACUCUACAGAUCUGGAAGGAGGCAGUGAUGCAACCCAAGCUGAAGAUCAAUCCCUAAAUCUGGAGCUUGAAGCCACACAGAUAUAUGGAGUAGAAAGUCCAUCUGAACAGAAACCUCUAGCGCACACAGAAAUCCAACUAGUGCCCGCUGCAGGUGAAGAUAAGGAAACGCCAACAAUGCCUGCAGCAGGUAAAGAUAAGGAGACCCCAACAUUGCCUGCUGCAGGUGAAGAUAAGGAGACCCCAACAGUGCCUGCAGCAGGUGAAGAUAAGGAGACCCCAACAGUUCCUGCUGCAGGUGAAGAUAAGGAGACCCCAACAGUUCCUGCUGCAGGUGAAGAUAAGGAGACCCCAACAGUUCCUGCUGCAGGUGAAGAUAAGGAGACCCCAACAGUGCCUGCUGCAGGUGAAGAUAAGGAGACCCCAACAGUGCCUGCUGCAGGUGAAGAUAAGGAGACCCCAACAGUGCCUGCUGCAGGUGAAGAUAAGGAGACCCCAACAGUGCCUGCUGCAGGUGAAGAUAAGGAGACCCCAACAGUGCCUGCUGCAGGUGAAGAUAAGGAGACCCCAACAGUGCCUGCUGCAGGUGAAGAUAAGGAGACCCCAACAGUGCCUGCUGCAGGUGAAGAUAAGGAGACCCCAACAGUGCCUGCUGCAGGUGAAGAUAAGGAGACCCCAACAGUGCCUGCUGCAGGUGAAGAUAAGGAGACCCCAACAGUGCCUGCUGCAGGUGAGAAUAAGGAGACCCCAACAGUGCCUGCUGCAGGUGAAGAUAAGGAGACCCCAACAGUGCCUGCUGCAGGUGAAGAUAAGGAGACCCCAACAGUGCCUGCUGCAGGUGAGAAUAAGGAGACCCCAACAGUGCCUGCUGCAGGUGAGAAUAAGGAGACCCCAACAGUGCCUGCUGCAGGUGAGGAUAAGGAGACCCCAACAGUACCCACUGCAGAUAAAGAUUAUAAGGAACCCAAUGUUCCAGCAGAGACGACAGAGCAGCCAUUGAGUGAUGAUAUACAGGCCAGUGAUAAUGAUGCCACUCAGGCUUACAGUCUCGAUGUCCCAGGUUCAGGCAGUGGUACACAAGCUUGCGUUUUGUCUGAUGAAACCACAAGUGAUGCCACUCAGGCUACCAACGUGUAUACAGUUGCCACAGAAGAUAACGCACAGGUGGCAGGUCCAAGUGUUCCAAAUGCAGAGGAAGUAGUCCCGGAGAAGUCUACUGAAAGCAAAAAGAAGCUGCCUUUAAGGAAAGGUCUAAGUAGAAGUAAGAAAAAAGUGGAAUCUGCAAAGAAUGUGCCGCAGACUUCAUCAGAAAUUGAAGAGUGUCCAGGCAAAGAUCCUGUUGGUCCUGGAUCCCUAAAGGAGGAACCCGGAGAACAGGGUGCAGGAGAGCCACAACUAUCUGAACCUGGGAUCCAAGAAGUGCAAGUAGAGAGAGGAUUGAGAAGAGGAGGGAGGAGAAUUGCAGAAUCGCAGACCAAAACUACAGUGAAGGAAGAAAUUCAUGUUGCAACAACUUCUCGAAAGACAACCAGUAAAACCUCUGAUGAUGAACCAUCGGCAUCAGGAAUUAAUGAGAAGCGUGGCAGGAGGCAAGUUUCUAGGAAGACUGCCGUAAAAGUGGUCGAUGAAGUUUACAAAGAAGAACAUAAGCAGUCCAGUUCCAACACUGAGGAGGCUAAGGAAGGUUCUGCCCCAGAAAUCCUACCAAUAAAUUCACCUGAGGAAAUUGAAAGCCUGAAUGCAGAAGAUCACCAAAAAGGUAACACAGCAGAGCAGACGUCCAAGGAGUCAAGUGAUCAAUCUUCUUUGGAGAACAAGGAUAUUUUAAGCACUGAGGCUUUUACAUCUUCAGCAGUUAGUGAAAGUAAUAACCCUAUGGAGUCAAAUGAUAAUUCUGCUGAUAAGGAGUCUGAUUCACGUGACACCAAUGUGAAUGAGAAGCCAGGAAGAAACAAAAGACGAGUGGCUACAAGGCUAGAGAGUGAAGCUGCAGAUAAAACAGAGUUCACUGAUAAUCUAGAGAAAGAAAAAGAUGAAAGUAGAGGACGUUGUAAUGUGAGGACAACUAGGAAGACCGAUACAAGCAAGCAAAGCUCUGAAUCGCCACAGUCACAGCAGAUAACACAAGAACAAAGUCAAGGAAGAAAAGCAACUCGGAAAUCUCGCACUAAGCCUUCAGGACCACAGUCAGACAAAGUUGAGGACACCACGAUCAGUGUAACAGAUGAAAACAAGAAGGUCGAUGAAAUCUGUCCAGCAGACUCCGUUUCUGGGAAUGAAAAACCAAGAAGAACACGGAGGAGUUUGAAGGAAGAAAUUGAAGAAGAGUCUGAAAACCUACAAGACAGGGACAAGAAGGGGAAAAACGUGAGGAGUGCAAGUGUUAAAGAUGCUGAACCAAGAACUAAAGACAAAGAACAAGGAAAUCUUGAGGAUUUGGCAGCAAGUAAUAAAAUAUCCAGAAGAACGAGAAAUAAUCCUAAGGGGGAAACCACAAAGCCAGAACAAGUGAAAGAAGAAAACGAAGUAGUAAAAAAAUCUAGGAGGACACAGAAGAAUCUGAAGGAAGAACAGAAAACUGAAGAUAAUACUGAAACCCAGGGUACAUCCAGCAGUGAAACUCCAACAUCAAGAAGAACUAGAAAAGAAAAUCGAGAAGAAGACAGUGUGGUAAAAGAAGAAACCGUAAAAGAAACCACCCCCAGAAGAACAAGGAGACACUCAAAGGAAGACUCAAUUAAAUUAGAAGACGACCAAACUAAAAGGUCUAGGAGGACUAGAAGGGACUCUAAGGAAGAGGCAAAGACUCAAGAAUCGGUUGAGGAGAGUGUCCUAGAGGAAAACAAAGAAGAAACCGUUGGAAGAAAGACUACUCGAAAAACUAGAAAAAAUGUAAAAGAUGAUGAGAAAACAAUUCUGCAUGAAGAGUCAAAGCAGACUGAGGAUAAUUCUAAGUCUGAAAGAUCGUCAAGAACACGAGUAAAGGCAUCUGAUGAAAAUCGAGAGUUGCAUGAAGAAGGUGUGAACAAGGGAGUGGAGGAGAGUCAAAAACUGUCCCCACACAAGGAGAAAUCAAAGCCUGCAGUUGGGAGAGGCAGACGAGCUGCUAAAAAAGAAGAUACACCUGAGGUUUCUACUCCAGUUGCUUCAAGAAAGCGAGGCCAAGCAGCAAAGGCAGAAGUAGAAAUAAAGAGGAAAAAAUCAGAUGAGGGAGAAGAACAAGAAAAGUUAGAGGUGGUAGAAACUCCAAAAAGAGGGAGGCCAAGAAAGCUGGUUACACAAACAGAAAGCCCGCGGGCUGGAAAGGAAAUCUCCACACCUGAUCCAUCCCCAUCUCGAAGCACCCGACAAAGGUCAAGUUCAGCUUUAAGUAACCCACCAGAGGCCAUAACUCCCCGACGUACUAACAGAAUGUCCACUUCAACCACCAGUCCUUACGUUGCUCAGUCGGGAUCUGCUCCUAAGAUUCUGUUCACUGGAGUGGUGGAUACAGCAGGCGAGGAGACAAUCCGCUCUCUGGGUGCUGAGAUCGCAGAAUCUGUAUUUGACUGUACCCACCUGGUAACUGACCGGGUCAGAAGAACAGUGAAGUUUCUUUGUGCCCUUGCGAGAGGCAUCCCUAUCGUCACUCUGGACUGGAUAGAUAAGUGUAAGAAGAGCGGAUGCUUCUUGUCCCCAACUGGAUUUCUUGUAAAUGAUAAAGAACAAGAGAAAAACUUCAGCUUUACUUUGUCAGAAUCUCUGCAGAAAGCGAAGAGGCGUCCACUCUUAGAGGGCUAUGAGAUUCAUGUAACUGCAAAUGUCAAACCGGAACCUGACCACAUGAAGGAUAUCAUCCGCUGCAGUGGAGCAACCUUCCUCUCUAAAAUGCCUCGCUCAUUCAAGGACAAAUGUGUUGUUGUGUCCUGUCCUGAAGAUGCUGCUCGUUGCAAGUCAGUCCCAGCAUCUGUUCCAAUCACAUCGGCAGAAUUUAUCCUCAGUGGGAUCUUGCGACAAGAAGUAAACCCAACCGCGCAUCUGCUGAACCCUGCGGUGCAGGACUCCGGACCCCCUCCGGCUAAACGGAGGCGCUGAGUCCGUGUACAUAAUACCCUUUAUUACGUAAUAGUCGUUAUUUUGUAGCAACUUUUUUUCUAAUUCGCAUUGAAGAUGUUGGAGAGGCUUUUACAGGGUCAUGACCAAUUUCCUUAUGAAGGCUUAAAGAAGGAAGUCUGUUGUAUUCGGCAGGACUGUGGACCCCCGAGUACUCGCAUAACACGUAGAAGCACCUUCUCCAAGAUCCACGUGACAAGUUCAGAAGCUAAAUCCACACAUGAUCAAUCUGUUCAGCCGUAGCCCAUGAGCUUUGUGAUGUCCUCCUAAAAUAAUUUUUUGAGAAGAUAGAAAAAAGUGGAGAAGCAUUUGAAAUCAUAAUGGGGAAGACAUUACAUUUUCAGCCCAUUCUAGUCUUUAUAUUAAAACUCUUAUCCCACUGAAGAACUCUUUUAAAGGAACAAAAUUGAUAUUGUGAGGGGAGGGGGGGGGGGGGUCUAUUGUAUUCCUGUGUCAUGCUACGCCUCUUCAGCCCUGCAUUAGGUAUCGUACAGGGCGUACAUUUUACCUGGAGUGUUUGGUCGCACAGUCUUUAGGAUUUGGCUGUCUUCUGAUUCCACCUCCUAAUUUAAUAGGUUCACUGCCCAGUUUGGUCACAGAGAUUUGAAGGGGUUGUCCAGUAAUGCCGAACUGUUAACUAAUUCCUGCUCUGCAGCCUAUGGAGCAGGUGACCAUGUACGAGAGGAGGUAAACAAGCCGGAAGAUGGACAUAUGGGGCGCGCAGAACUGGAGCGACAUUGAAUCUAUCAGUAGCGGAGGCAGGCUGCGGGCAUCCGUUCUCCUGGAGAGCCUCUUUAAAGGUCAUGUACACCUUUACAACACUUUUUUUUGUGCCUCUGAAAUGAAAAAUGAUGCAGCUUUGCAGUUUUCUACCAUUUUGUUUCUGCAGCUCCUGUGCAGACAACAAAGAACCCUGCAUAGUCUAAUCCUGCAGCCCUCUUUCCUUCCAUUUGACCCCUGCUUUAUGUUGACCUACCUUUGGCAGGUUAUUAAGAAGCAGGGGACAGUUAGAAGGGAGUAUUACUGCAGAAUCUGACUGUGCAGUAUGUUUGUCGUCUGUUACCAUAGAAACAGCUCUGCAUAGGUGCUGUAAUUAAAAAAAUGACAAUCUUUGGCAAAGUUGCUUCCUUUUUUAUAUU